AUUUUGGAUGGAUUCCCUACUAGUUGAAAACCCAUAGUCUGAUUUUAUCUAGAGUGAAUUUAGUACUUGUAAAAAGAUCUGCGAUCUAGCAUCUAGUAUUUUUAAUUCUUAGGGUUUCGUACUUUAUUUUGAUUUUUUUUCGUUUAGGAUGUUAAAACAAAAAAUCAGAUUUCUUACGAGAAGACUUUCAGAGGAAUUUAAGGAUGACGAUUCAAAAGCAACAGAAGAUGCGAAAAAUGAAACAAAACAUGUGACUAAAGAGACUGUAAACAAAGUUGCUACUACGAAGGCAAUAGCAUCCCCUGUUCCUCCCAUCAUAGAAAAGCGAAUAAAUGGUAUAGCUGCAAAGCGUUUAAUGAGAGAAUACGAAACUUGUUAUAGAAUAUCACAAUGCACGGACCCAGCGUUUGUCAUUGAACUUGUUGAAAACUCUUUAAUAGAAUGGAACAUUAGGCUGUACCACAUUGACCAAGACAGUAGGUUAUAUCGAGAUAUGCGAACCAGUAAUAUUUCCCACAUCUUGUUAAACAUUCGAUUUCCAGAUAAUUUUCCUUUUGCGCCGCCAUUUUUACGCGUCGUCCAUCCUCGUAUCUCCAAUGGUUACGUACUGUCAGGGGGGGCGAUCUGUAUGGAGUUACUAACGACAAGAGGAUGGAGUAGUGUUUAUACGAUCGAGGCGAUGAUCAUGCAGUUUUCGUCGCAGGUUGUCAAGGGCAACGGACGGCUGCACGAUAAAUACAACGAAAAUUACCACAAAAAAGAAGCAGAAUUGACAUUUAAAAAACUGACAAAGUUUCACGAUGAAAAAGGAUGGUACACCCCACCAACUUCAGAAGGGUAAUUAAGAAACGAAUUCCACAAUGUUCGGAUUUUGUUGUGUUAUAUUACCGCCUUUUAACGCCACGAGGCAAGGGUAUUGUUAUUUGGUAUAAAUUUAGCGGGGUACAAGUUGUCGUGUGGCGGUGUCUGGUUACAAUAGUGCUAUUUCAAGAUUGUUAUUGUAAAUAUACAUUAGAUUUUGCUAGGUAAAUUCUUUUAAUAACUAAAGGCAAAAAAGCUGAAACUUUUUCAACCAAAAGAAAACGACAUGAGACAGGAAUGUGCAUUAACAAUUUUUUCUUUAGGUUGAAAUUCAUUGCAAUUCUUUUUACCUAUACGAAAUAAGCCUGACGCACGCCCCACUUGAUGAAGGGUUUGACAUGCUUUCGAAAUUAAACAUGUUAUCACUGAAGUUUGUUCAACUUCCCCUUUUUUGAGCUUCUAUUAGUUGCAAAUGUUAUGAGAAUAUAACAAGCAGACCUGCAAUCGAGGUUGCGACUGUCUAUUUAAAUAAUUUUUCUUUUGUGGGAUCAGAAUUUUAUCAAAAGUUACGUCGUUAGAAUUUAAUUUUGAACUGGAAUUUGUAUUAUAUUUACGAAAAGUUAUUGGAAAUUUUCA